AUUUGAUUAGCGGAACGCACGGUGACCGCGUGCGUUGCGAAGUCCAAGCUUGUUCUUGAACAGCUACCAUUCGGUGAGGCUAAGCUCGUUUUUGCACGAUGGUACGACCCAGAGUUUACAUGGAUGUAGCGGUGGGGACCCAACCCCUUGGGAGAAUCAUAUUCGAGCUCUUUAAUGAGACCGUACCCAAGACAUGCGAAAACUUUCGCGCCCUGUGCACCGGGGAAAAGGGUCAGACGGCAUCCGGGAUCUCGCUCUAUUACAAGAACUCUAUUUUUCACCGUUGCAUUAAGGACUUCAUGAUACAAGGUGGAGAUUUCACGAAACGUAACGGCACCGGUGGAGAAUCGAUAUACGGAGGGAUGUUCGAUGACGAGGACUUUUCACUCCCAUUGGAUUCCGAAGGAUUAUUGUGCAUGGCUAACAGAGGACCGAAUACCAAUGGUUCACAGUUCUUCAUCACAUUGCGCGAAUGUCCACAUCUGAACAGCAAACAUGUCGUGUUUGGAAAAGUGCUGCGAGGAUAUGACGAAGUCAUCCAGAAAAUUGUGCAAGUUCCAUGUGACGACAAGAAUAGACCUGCGGAUCCUGUCGUAAUCACGAAUUGCGGAGAGCUUGAACUUCGCAAGAAGGUGCCAGUCCCUUCUCGUACGCAACCUAAGAAACGUUCAGCAUCUAUCUCGGAUUCCGAGUCCGAACGCGACGGCGAGCCUAGGUCCUCAAAACGUCGUUCUCGUGGGUCGCGUUCUCGUUCUCGAGCGUCAGACGAUUCCGACGCGUCCGAACGUCGGCGUCGCAAAAAGUCAAAACGAAAGCAUAACAAGGACAAGCGUAGAAACGAUGGUGCUGAAGUAGCCGAAAAACGUGACUCACAACCUCGAGAGACCGAAGAAGAAUACGAUGCACGACUGGAAAGGGAAGAAAAGGAACGAUUGGAAGCCGUCAGAAAACAGGAGUUAGAACGGGCGAAAGCUCGGUAUGAGAGUGAGUCACAGUCAACAAACGGUAUUCGAUACAAAGGGCGAGGGAGGAUGAAGUACGUUGAUCCAGAUGUUUCUAGGUGACCUCUGCUCGCUUGUAAAUAUUUAGCCUAUACCAAAACUGAGUUGCUUGAGAAAGAACGAAACAGAGC